AUGGUAUCCAAAGACCACAACGUCGAGGAGCGCCAGGUCGAUCAGACUGUCCGACACUCGCUUCAAGAUGAAGUCAUGAGCGAGAAGGCUGCAGGCACGCACGCAGAAGACUUUCAUGAAGCUGCAGAAAGAGGCCAUACUGCUACCGACAAGUACGGCCACUCCCUGGUGACAUUUGACCCCAAGGCCGAAGCAAGACUGCGCUGGAAGAUUGAUCUCUAUGUCGUGCCCACGGUUUCUCUACUCUACCUCUUCUGCUUCAUUGACCGUGCCAAUAUCGGCAACGCCAAACUCGCCGGCCUCGAGAAAGACCUUCACUUGACCGGUAACGACUACAAUAUUGUUCUCUCCACCUUCUAUGUCAGCUAUAUCAUCUUUGAGAUCCCCGCAAACAUGGCCUGCAAGUACUUUGGCCCGGGCUGGUUCCUGCCCGCUACCUCGCUUGCGUUUGGACUAUUUUCCAUCUGUACAGCCUUCGUACACCACAUAUCCGCAGCGUGUGGUGUACGGUUCCUUCUCGGUGUAGCUGAGGCGGGCAUGCUUCCAGGCAUUGCCUAUUAUAUGUCUCGAUGGUACCGUCGGAGCGAGUUGGCAUUCCGGCUAUCGCUUUACAUUGUCAUGGCGCCCCUGGCUGGGGCCUUCGGAGGCCUUUUGGCUUCUGCCAUUCUCAAGCUGAGCCACUUUGGAGGUCUCCAUAAUUGGCGCAUGAUCUUCGCAAUCGAAGGCAUCAUUACCUGCGGCCUUUCGCUCAUUGCCUUCUUCACCCUGACCGACCGUCCCCAAACCGCGAGAUGGCUCACCCAAGAAGAGAAAGACCUUGCGGUUGCCAGAGUCAAGUCGGAGCGCGUUGGCACGACCGAAGUUCUCGAUAAGCUGGACGUCCCCAAGAUCCUCCGGGGUAUCAUGAGCCCGGUCACCCUCGCCACGUCAUUCAUCUUCCUUCUCGACAACGUCACCGUCCAAGGCUUGGCCUUUUUCCUCCCGACUAUUGUCAAGACCAUCUACCCUCAGCAUUCGGUUGUGUCUCAGCAGCUUCACACCGUCCCGCCAUAUAUUGUGGGAGCCUUCUUCGUCCUGCUGUUCCCGCUGCUCUCGUGGCGGUCCGAUCGUCGCAAUAUCUUUUUCAUUCUCUCCGCUCCAUUGAUGAUGUGCGGAUACAUCAUGUUCUUGGCCAGCACCAACUCUCACGUCCGCUACGGAGCGACCUUUCUCAUCGCAGCUGGGGCCUUCCCGUACGGCGCACUCUGCAACGCCCAAGUUUCCGCCAACGUCGUCUCCGAUACCGCCCGCUCAGCCGCCAUCGGCACGAACGUCAUGUUCGGAAACGUCGGCGGCUUGAUUUCUACCUGGUCUUUCCUGCCCUUUGACGCGCCCGACUACCAUAUCGGCAACGGAUUGAAUUUGGCGACCUCGUCGACCAUUUUGAUUCUUUCCAUUCUCUUGCUGUUUUGGAUGUGGGCGGACAACAAGCGUCGGGAAAAGAAAGAUGUGGAUGCCGAGUUGGAUGGCUUGUCAUUGAAGCAGGUGCAGGACCUUGACUGGAAACACCCUGCCUUCAGGUGGAGACCGUGA